GCAGAGAUGAUAUGUGGCCUACAAUUUCUGCACAACGAGGGGAUCAUCCAUCGAGACAUCAAACGCCUCAACAUCUUACUGGAUGACAAAGGCCACGUUAGGAUCUCAGACUUCGGCCUGGCUAAGCAAAACGUCUUUGAGGACAAUACCAUCACUAGCGGUGUCGGAACCCUGGGAUACAUGGCCCCGGAGAUUCUACAAGAAAAGCCAUAUAAUGCAGCAGUCGACUGGUGGUCAUUUGGCGUCACCAUCUUUGAAAUGGUCACUGGCGUCGCCCUAUUUGCCAACAAUGACAGUGAGGAACUCAUUGAUUCUAUCAUCAUGGAUAGGCCUGUAAUACCUCAAUGGCUGGAUGAAGAGCUAAAAGAUCUUCUGAAAAAGGUGGAUUAACAAGUUGCGUGCACUCACCCUCUAAGAUCCACGGGUACCAAUCCACCGUGCUACAACAUAGUGAGCGUCCCCGGAUCCAGACGAAUUAAUAUAGAUUCAGCAAUUGUACUAUGGAGCACACAGGUGGUUGUGGAAAAAUCAAGUCUUCUUUAUUGAAAAAAUGGUUUUAAAAUCAUCAGAUCAAUGUACAUGUGGAUAUGACAUCCCCCACACUUGACGCGUUUCGUGGCAUCUCGCCACUUCCUCAGAAGCAUAGGGAAACCCUCCCCCAACACCGUUAAUAAAACCACAAGACCCAACCCCUAAAAAACAUUAAACCAAUCAGGUCAUUAAUUAUAUAAUAAUGAUCGACAAUCUUGAUCAGAAAACACAGAUCUCUCUGUUUAUGCCACCUACUGGUCAGGUCAGGCUAAUCUGGGAAAUAGAACUUUGUCACAAUCUAUAUUAACAAUGUUGCAAAAAGCUUAUAAAAGACUUUUAGAAAUAUAACACUUAGAUAGCAACAUAUUAUGAGUAGUCAAAUGGUAUAAGGUAUCCUGUUCUGUCACAGACUAAUAUAAGUCAUAACGUGGGGAUGAAUAUAGGAAAACACCAAAAAACAGGAAACUAAAUAUUAAUCAAUAUUAUAUAUAUUAUUAACGUAAAAAAAUAAAGAUA